GAUAAUUACUUAAAGAUUUGCAAGAUGUCAAAACAAGUCCAAACCCUCUUUAUAGGAAAUCUGCAUGAGAGAUUGACUAAAUACCAGAUGAUGGAAAUACUUCAAGAGUUCGGAGAAGUCAUUGAUGUCAGAAAGAAAUAACAACUUUGCCUUUGUUGACUUACCAGAUGAAGAGACUGCCUUAAAGGUAGAAGAGGGCAUGCACAAGAGGAAGAUCAUGGGAAUGAAAGCUAGAGUUGAAAAAGCCCUCCAUAAAAAACCAAACAUCAAGCCGAAUAUUGAACCCCGAAGAAUCAGGAUGUCUAGUGACAGUUCCUCCAGCCUAUCGAGAAGAAGCAGAAGUAGAAAAGUGUCUGAAGCACUCGAAGAAGACAAAUCUCCCUCCAGCAUGGAGAGUAUAAAAGCUAGAAAAAGAGACAGAGCAUACCUGCAUGACCCGAAGUUAUUUUCUGAUGAAAAGCCUAAAACCGAUAACCAUGUUGCCACUGUAAAGCCAAGUCUUAGUCAGACACCUGACCUGCUCCAGAGCUCUCUCAAGCAGCUGAGCGAGAAUCAGAAUACUACAAACCAGCAGUUGAAAGAUGCUAAAUAUAUGAAUUUGCCCAAGAAAUCUCCAUCAAAGGUCCUAUCAACCCGCACCAACAUUCCGAUGACUUCCUACCAGACCUUGACUCAGGAGGAGAACAACAGAAUCAAGAAGCUCUUAGAAGAAGAGGAUUAACUUUCCAGGUUGUAUCAGGUUGCCCAGUAAAAGCCUUAAGUUUUU